UAUUUUCGCUUCUUCGUUCGUUCGUUUCCGUUUUCCCGUGGAAAUUGAAAAAACCUGCAUUCCUCGGAAGAGGAAGAAGGAAAAACGAAAAGCAGAGGAGAUCGAUUCGAUCCGACCUCAUCUCCCAUGGCGUCGCCGAAGGAACGCGAGAGCUUCAUCUACAUCGCCAAGCUCGCUGAGCAGGCCGAGCGCUACGACGAGAUGGUGGAUUCCAUGAAUAAAGUGGCAAAGCUUGACGUCGAGCUCACCGUGGAGGAGCGGAACCUUCUGUCGGUGGGAUACAAGAACGUGAUUGGGGCGCGCCGGGCCUCGUGGAGGAUACUUUCCUCGAUCGAGCAGAAGGAGGAAGCUAGGGGGAACGAUCAGCACGUGAAGAACAUCAAGGAGUAUAGGCAGAAGGUGGAGACGGAGCUCUCUGGUAUCUGCGGCGACAUCAUGACUUUGAUCGACGAGCAUCUCAUUCCGUCUUCGACUGCCGCGGAGUCGUCGGUCUUCUACAAUAAGAUGAAGGGAGAUUAUUAUCGCUAUCUGGCAGAAUUCAAGACUGGAAACGAGAAGAAGGGUGUUGCAGACCAGUCCCUAAAAGCUUACGAGGCAGCUACGAGCAUAGCUGAGACUGAAUUGUCUCCUACACAUCCAAUUCGACUGGGUUUGGCAUUAAACUUCUCUGUAUUCUAUUAUGAGAUCCUAAACUCGCCAGAAAGGGCUUGCCAUCUUGCCAAGCAAGCUUUUGAUGAAGCAAUUUCUGAGUUGGAUACAUUGAGUGAGGAAUCAUACAAAGAUAGCACAUUGAUUAUGCAGCUUUUGAGGGACAAUCUUUCAUUGUGGACUUCUGACAUCCCUGAGGAUGGAGCAGAGGAUCCUGCAAAGAGUGGAGCUGGUGAAGAUGGGCAGUAAAUAUUACCAGCUAUAGGGCAAGGAUAUCCAGGCUAAGUCGGCUGCAGUGAUCAUUAUGGCAAAUGUUGUCUGGUUUCUGAUUAUUUUCAGAUACUAUUUAUCUAUUGGAAAUCACAGUCACCUUUGAGCUUAUCCGUGGAAUAGCUUCAUACCUACAUUGUCAUGUUUCUAGCAAGAUCUAUAUGGACAUUAGUGUGGCUCUGAUUCAAGUGUUCCUUAACUUAGUACUACCAAGUGAUUUUUUUGGUCGUUCGAAAGCAUUUCAUGUUUUUAUUCUA